CAUCGCACAUAAAUUCUCAAAUUUUCUUCUCCAAAAUCCAAACAAACCCUAAAACUCUCCAACUCCCCUCUCUGUUAUUCUCGCGAUCUCGCUACAGAUGGCAAAGAAGCGCUUAACACCCAUGGAGGAGCCGCCAGCUGCUUCCUCGUCAGAUGAAGAAGCUGCUUCCUCUGAAGAAGAAGCAGAGGAAGCUGAAUCCUCUUCUGGAGGAGAAGAAGAGACUGAGGCCAAAAAACCGUCUGCUACUCCACCACAGCUGAAAUAUCCAGCUUCCACUCACACCGACGCUUCAGAUUCUGAAACUGAAUCCGGCUCUGAUUCCGGCUCUGACUCGGAACCCGACCACUCCAACGUCAAGCCCAUCGCUUCUAAACCUAUGGAGGACAAUGCCGACACAACGAAGAAGCCCCAAUCGAAACCCUCUACUGUCUCGAAAUCUACAACUGCAUUGAAGCGGGUCAGCGAGACAGAUCGGGAACCAAAGGAAUCCAAGCGGGCCAAGAACAAGGAAAAAGAUGUUCCCAAUGGUGCCUCGACAGAAAAGUCUGGUGACGAUACGAAGAAGCAUCUGUUCCAGCGCCUUUGGAGUGAGGACGAUGAAAUCGUCCUUUUGGAAGGCAUGAUCGACUUUACUGAGAAGAACGGAAAAAGCCCGAAUGCCGAUGUGGAUGGCUUCCUCGAAUUUAUCAAGAAAUCGCUGGGCUUUGAUGCAACGAGAUCCCAAUUGAUGGAGAAGAUGAGGAGGUUGAAGAAGAAGUACGAAAACAAUGCUGGUAAAGGCAAGAAGAAGGGUGAGGACAUGACGUUUUCCAAACUCCACGAGCAGAGAGCUUACGAGUUGUCCAAGAAAAUCUGGGGUGGAGAAGGAACAACUGGUGCUGCGGUGAAAUCUGAAGUCAAGUCCAAUGGCAAAGCAACCAAGAAGGGUCAGACAGGGAGCAAGAGUUCUGCAGACUUGACUUCGGAGUUUCCCUAUAGCCCUUGGGUUAAGGAGGAAACGAAGGUGGUAGAUAGUGUGGAUCAGAGGAACGGGGCCCUGCUGCAUAGAGGGAAUGAGGUGGUAAAAAUUGAUAAUAGCAUGGGUGUAGCUGCGAUGGAAGGGUUUUUCUUGAACAAGGGUCUGAACUUGGUCAAGGAAUCAAAGAGAGUGGAGUUUGAGGAGAAGUGGAAGAGCAUUAAACUGGCUGAGAUGGAGCUGUUUGUGAGAAGGGCUGAGGUGAUCGCUGAGCAGGCAAAGGUGGUGCUGGAGGCAUACAGGUCAGCGGAGAAUUAAGUGGUUAGAAGGGGCCUCAGGGCUUUGUGGACGGCAGUUUCUGUGUCAUGUCCCAAUUUAUGCAGAUAACUGCUUCUAUUUUUACCAUCCUUGUCACCUGUUCAAUCGCUGUGAAUAUUUUUGUAUUGCUUUUGCAAUUGGAGAUCCACUUAUGAUAUAGUGUCACGAGUGCUUAAUGGAAAUUUAUUUAGUGUUAGUUGUGACUGA